AUGAAGGCCACUUCCAUGAUCGUCCUGAGCUUCGGCGCCCUCGCCGCUGCCGGAAGCAACUUUGCUGGUGGAUACGGCAACGAUGACACUGUACCUGCCCCCGCCCCAGCUGUUCCCUCCCCCACGCCGGCCUCGGCUGUGAAGCCCGUCGCCGGCGAGCCCUCUGCCGCCGCCAAGAAGGCUGACGACGACGACUGCGAGACCAAGCCUGUGCCUGUCCCUGCCGCCUCGCCCAGCCCCGUCGCCCCGCCGGCGGCCAAGAAGGUGCCCAACUCUGAGGUUGCCCCCGUGGCCCAGACCACGCCCACCAGCAAGCCCGCCAUCGAGAAGACGCUCGUGCUCAGCGUGCCGUCCAUGACCAUGCCCGCCGUGCUGUCCAAGCCCAGCAUCCUCUCCGACGUCACGUCGCUCAUCGCCGACCUCAAGCCCAGCACCAUGGUCAAGGUCCCCGGCGUGGCCAAGCCCACCCAGUCCGCCUACAUGGCCGCCCCGGCCCCGGCCCCUGCUACCCCGGCCGUCCCCGCCCCCGCCCCCGCCUACAACGGCACCACCCCCAAGCCUGCGCCCGUCACUGCCGGUGCCGUCUCGGUUGCCACCGGUGGCCUUGGCGGCCUUGAGGGCCUUGUCGAAGCUCUUCCUCGUCUUGGCCGCCUCCCUGAAACCCUCGCUGUGCAGGCUGGCUGUGGCAGGCUCGCCGUCCUCCCCAAAGAUGCCAAAGGAGGCGUGCAGGGCCGGGAACUCGUGGCUGACGUUGCCCUGAUCCGUCGAACCACUGGGCCCGUUGAGCUUCUCCUCGUCGGCGGACGGGAUCGAGCCGUCGAACCACUCCCUGUAGUGCCUGGUCAGGACGUCGUUGUUCACCAUGUCGCUGUACCCGUGCGGCCGCAUGGUCAGGUUCAUGGUGGCGCCCGUGCCGACGGCGCCGGCCUCCAUGGCCUUCUCGAAGCGCUCGAUCAGCGGCGCCAGGUUCUCGGUCGUGUCGGACCGCACCUGGAACACGGCGGCCGCCGAGUCCGGGAUGAUGUUGACGGCGCCGUCUGCCGUGGCGAUGCGGCCGUGUACCCGGUCCGCGGGCCGGCUCUGCUGCCGCAUCAGCCCCAGCGCCGAGUAGGCCAGCGCGAUGGCGUCCUGCGCGUUGACGCCCAGCCACGGCGACGCGGCCGCGUGCGCCGGCCGGCCGUGGUACUCGACGUCGAAGCGGUCCGUGGCCAUGGCGAACGUGUAGGCGGCGUCGGUGGCGUCGCCGCCGGGGCCCGGGUGCGCCAUGAUGCUGAUGUCGACGUCGUGCUGCGAGAAGGCCCCGGCCUCGAGCAUGCGCACCUUGCCGCCCAGCGACUCCUCGGCCGGCGUGCCGAACAGCACCACCCUGCCGGGCAGGGCCUCCCUCCGCAUGACCUCGGCGGCGGCCAGGGCGCCGGCGACCGAGGCGGCGGCGAUCAGGUUGUGGCCGCAGCCGUGGCCCAGGCCCUGCAGGGCGUCGUACUCGGCGUUGAAGGACACGACCGGCCCGCCGCCGUGGCCGCCGUCAAACACGGCCACGAAAGCCGUGUCCAGCCCAAACGCCGACCGCGUCACCUCCCAGCCCGGCUUAGACGCCACGUACGCCGUCAGCAGGUCGUGCGCCCGCACCUCCUGGUACCCGAGCUCCGGGUUCUCGUGGAUCUCGGUGCUGAUCGGCCAGAGCUCCUCGGCGAGCGAGUCGACGUGCUCCGAGACCGUGGUCAGGUGAGGCGAGGAGGUCGUGGGCCCCCCGCCGACGGCUGUGUUGUUGCCGGCGGCGGACUGGCGGCGGGGCAGCGGCGAAAAGUGAUCUUCAUCGCCGCACGCGGAGAUGGGGAUGGCGGUUAUGACCAGGGCGAGCAGGGCCCUGCUGGUGAACUGGGAGCGGACCAUAUUGGCUUGUGUGUUUGA